CGCGUCAUCUAGGUGCGUCGCGGUUGCUGCGCCCGUUCUCCACGGUCCCGAGGCUCGCGGACUACGGAAAAUGGCGGAGUCCGCGUUGUUCGUGUGGCUCUGCGGCCCCGGUUUCGGGUGCAAGGCGGUCCGGUGGGGCUCAGCCCCGUGCUCCGUGCUCGAUUUUAUCCACCGACACCGCCAAGAUCAGGAUGUUCCAGUGGAAUGCUUCUUUGUGAAAUGCAAUGGAUCACUCAUUAACACCAACGACAUGGUGCAGCAUGGAGCAGUUUAUAGUCUGGAACCCAGACUUUGUGGAGGAAAAGGAGGUUUUGGAUCUAUGCUUCGAGCACUGGGUGCCCAGAUUGAGAAGACAACCAAUCGGGAAGCUUGCAGGGACCUCAGUGGAAGGAGACUACGAGAUGUCAAUCAUGAAAAAGCAAUGGCUGAAUGGGUGAGACAGCAGGCUGAGCGAGAGGCUGGGAAGGAGCAGAAGCGCCUGGAGCGCCUGGAGCGACAGCUGGCAGGGCCUGGGCACUGCCUCACCAGCCCUGGCUACCAGCAACAGUGCCAUGAGAUGGCAGAGCGCCUGGAGGAUUCUGUCCUCAAAGUAAUGAACACAGGAUGUCUAGCAACCCACAAAAGCACACAUACUCACACAGUCUCGGCAUAUGGCCCCCUGAAUUCUGUGGGCCAAUGGGCCACAGGUAUGCAGGCUACCUCCAGCAAGAUGGUAUCGGCAGAAAUCAGUGAGAAUCGUAAACGGCCUAACAAAUCAAUAACAGACAAAGGAGCCAGAGCAGAGAAAAGGAAAUGCUUUUGGUUGGGUUUGGAAGGACUAGAGACUGCAGAGGGGUCCAGCACCGAGAGCUCGGAUGAUGACAGUGAUGAAGCACCUAGUACUUCAGGAAUGAGGUUCCAUGGUCCAAAAACUGGCAGUGACAGUGUUGAGAUGGCAUUCAAACUUCCCAGUAGUUCUCAGAAGGCAGUAGUAUGGAGUACAGACUCUAGAUCACUAGAAGAACUACGGACCCCAGAGGCUGACCCUGGGAACAGUAUUUCAGAAGAUUUGUGUGCUGAGCUGGGAGAGACAUCGGCCAGGGACAUCGUGGAAAGGAAGAUGGCUCUAGAAACACAGAAAACCCAGGAGGAGGAGGAGGCAGAGAGGAAAGAACCCAUAGAAAAGGAAGUAGCUGGGACAGGACUGAAUAAGGAGCAAGAAACAAAAGAAAUGACUAAUGGAGAAAGAGCUGCCAAGGUAGCACCUGGAGAAGGUGGGGAAAACACUCCUGUUGCCAAACUGGAGGAAAGCCAAUCAGGAAACACAGUAAGUAAUUUUGGGGGGUUGAUGUCUAGGAUCAACUCAGCUUAAUCUCAUUAAAAUCAUUAAAAUGAAAAUCAUUUUAAUCAUUAAAAUGAAAAUGUGCUUAUUACCAUCUUCUGCUUAGUGGAAAGACUUAUUUAAUAAUCAUAAGUACAGGUAAUGGUGAAACUUGCCUUGCCGUCCCCCCUGCCAAAAUCCUUCGUUUUUUUUUUUCUUUUUUUUUGUGGGAUUUUUUCCCCCACUCUGGAAUUUAUUUUAUUUUGCCACCAGGUGGUGUCCUUGGUUCCAUAUUACAUCAGUUCUAAGAUGCAUGUUUAUCACAUUUUAAUAUCUCUGUAUUUGGAUGUAUAUCACAUAUGGCUUAAUUGAUAUUCUUUCUUAAUAGCAUAUACAGUAAUAAGGCAUAUUAUAAAUGGCAUUUUUUAUUUCAUGAAAUGUUCUCAUUUUCCUAUCACUAGAUCUCUACUCAGUUUUUCUCUCUCAUGUGAGAUACUGUUUGAAUAAUUGUUGUUAGCUGUAUAUAAAGACAUUUCUGUAGAAAAGACCAACUCCUUUUAAUAAUCAAAUCUAAGUCCUGUAUUUCAGCCUCUGAGAGUUUUUCCUUGAGCAUACGUUUCCUUAAGUACUUGAUUAUACCCUGUUUUCAGUGGAAUACCUUCCAGUAGAGACAUCAUUAAUGUUUACUUUUUGAUCUAAUCAUUUGCUUUCUACCAUAGAUGAAACCUGAACAUCUUGGUUUCCUUUGAUACACACAAAGCCUGUCAUGGUCUGUUUACCCAGUACCUUCCUUAUACCAGUAAAUAAGCAGCACUGUGGAGGCUGCCCUUUCUGGGGAAGAUAGCAGAAAGUGUUAUGCUAAGGGCUUUACAUAGACCCUCACACUGUGUCUGGAGUUACAAACUUGUAACUUUUAUGUUACACUUAUAUAUUAGGGGCUUUAUCCUGACUAAAGUCAUGGAAAAAUGAACAAAGGAUCUUUUAUGAAUAAGUAUUGAGUGACUAAAUCCUGAUUUGACUUUCCAUCUUUGAAUCUCUUAGCUGUGGAGAUUUUGUUCUUGAUGUUCUGGCAGUAGCUAUUAUAUUUAUUAACAACCAUGUGCAGUUCUCCAAAGUGGUGUCCUGGAACUUGGCCAUGAAUAAUGAAGCCAAGGUUUACUCCAGAAAUCUAACAGAAUGGCUUUUUUUGUUUUAACUAAGAUAAACUAGAAAGAUAUAGUCUGUCCCUAGAGCUGUUUAAUAUUUUUUUAAAAUAACUUACUGUGAGAGAAAAUUAUUGAAUAUACAUUUUUUAAAAACCCUAGGUGUUGACACUUUUAUUCUUUGCAGAACAUCCAUCCUUAGAAGUAUUUAAUUUUGUCUUACAGUCUGUGAAGUCUAGUUGGUGGAGAGAAGAGUUGCAAGUCUAUUGAAUAGCAUUUGAAUCUGUUGAAUUAUAAACACGGGAACUCUUAUUAAAAGUCUUAACUAGAAAGCAUUAAGAUUAUGGAAUUAAAAGAUUCACAGGAAUGGGAAUCUCAUUAAAAAUUGAGCUUUGGACAACCCCGCGCAUUCCACAUCCUUGGGACCCUGUGGGGCGGGUGCAGGUCUAGGCUGGGCAUGGAGGAGCCUCCCAGACUGGGCAGGUGCAGUGUCCGGGGUCAUUUGACUCCACUGUCUCUUGGCCCUGCUGCCUUCAUGCCUGGCUGGGGCAGCCAUGGAACGCUGGAGCGCGGGGAUUGUGUUUGACCAAUGGGGCUGAGGCUGUGUCCACUGAGGCUAAGAUGACUGCCUUUCCUGAUUGGCCUUGACUUUUCCAUACAUUGUGUGACCCCUGCCCUAUGACCCUUUGGCUGACCUUACUGGAAGCCAUGAUGACAGCAGCCUUUUGCCAUCGGACACAGGGUGAUGGUGAGGAUUCCAAAGGUCAGACAAAACUGGUUAAUCUGAACUAGGUGACUGUUACCUUGCAUGUUUUGUGGCCAAACCACUACCAAAAAACCUCACACUGUGAUAUGGUGGAGGUGGUACAGCAGUCGGAGAACCUCAGGCAGAGACAAAUAUGGACAACCUGUUCAUACAGAGUUCUGGCUUAUUGUAGAAAAUCUUUCUAGUCGUUGUAGUUGGCAAGAUUUAAAGGAUUUCAUGAGACAAGCAGGUGAAGUAAUCUAUGCGGAUGCUC